UUUUGUCGCCAGGAGACGCUUCGUAUUCCACCUCAUUUUGCCUUUGAUGGCGUAUUUCAAGGUAUUUUUAGGACUCUCUUCUUUGUUUUAAGCUAAAAACUGUGCCACCGCGUUCUGUGUUUCACCUUCUUGACAUUUUCCUACACAAUGAAUCAAAUAAAGCCACUUUCAUCACUUUUCAAACCUAUUUUAUGCGCUCUCUUUAAUAAAAGGGAGCUGGCGCGUUGUUCCGGUCACGUGACAGUCACCGCCAUCUUGGAUAUCAAACUUUGCUACGCACAGCUGCGUGAUAACCACCAUUGUGGUAAAAAUCGCAAAUAUUAUACACAUAAAUGGCUUGUUGUGUAGCCACGGGGUGCUCCAAUCGUUCGAACAGAAAGGAUCUGUCGUUUUAUCGCUUUCCGAAGGAUCUAGAGCGAAGAACUUUAUGGAUUUCAGCCGUUAAUCGUGGAGAGUGGGAGCCCACGGAGUACUCCAGAUUGUGUAGUCAACAUUUCAUUUCCGGGGAAAAAAGCAACGACCCGCAGUCUCCAGACUACGUGCCAUCUUUAUUUGGCUCCGAUAAAACGCAGAAGAGUUCAAAACAAAGGGCAGCCAAGAGGAUCGAGCGUUCAGCCAUGAAAUUAAAGAAACGCGAUCAGAAAGAUAGGCUGACGGCUGCUAGUGUGCUGCUGGGUCUGGCCAUGGCUGCUGCUCCAGCUGACGUCACUGACCAGCAAAACACAGAGCAAAGUGAUCAAGACAUACUAAAUGAUCUCCUACCAGACCUACAAACAGACGUUCAGGAGGAAAUCACUGAUCCAGCAGAUGUGCAGGAAGAAGAUGAACUGGAGGAGAUUUCAGAUGAGGAGCCUGAAACAAUAACAGAACUUCCUCCACCUGAAGCUCACCUACAGAUGAAUGUGAAGGAUCAGAGGGAGGGCACUGAUGAUCACAAUUACUUCAUAAGCUCUGCUACAUGUGACAAAGGGACGCAGUGCAACAAGGAGCCCCUUUACCGACACCUGCUGCGUACAGACAUGCUGUGUCGUCUGUACACCGGCUUGUCUCUCAGUGCUUUCCACCAACUCACCAGGAACCUCUUGCCCUUUAACGCUCAGAUCUUUGAGCUGGACCCCAUUGAUCAGCUGCUGAUGACGCUGAUGAAGCUCAAGCUCAACUUGCUCCUGGAGGAUCUGGCAGAGAGGUUCGGCGUGUGUCCGAGCGGCGUGAGUAGAAUAGUGUCACACUGGAUUGACUUGAUGGAAAUAUGCAUGAAAAGCUACAUCCCGUGGCUGUCCAAGGAGACGAUAGCUGGAACGAUGCCCCAGUUCUUCAAAAGCCACUAUCCUGGUACCACCUGCAUUGUGGACAUCUCAGAAAUCAAAUUGAAGAAGCCCAGGCGGCUGGACUGCUGGGGGGACUCCUUCGUGCGUUACGACGACGAGGACACAGUGAAGUUCAUGGUUGCCUUUGCACCUUGCGGGCUGAUCAUGUUCAUCUCUGGAGCAUACGGAGGGAAAUGCAGCGACACAUUCAUCGCCUCUGACUCGGGAUUUCUCAGGUACCUCCAGCCUCUGGAUGAGGUGAUGGUUGAAAGGAACUUCAUGAUAAGUGACGCACUGAACGAGAAGGGAGUGAAGCUGGUCAUCCCCGCUUGCUCAAAAGGACUCACCCGAUUCAACAAGGACUCGGCUCAAAAGACAAGCGUCUACAACGUGACAAUCCACAUGGAGCGCGUGAUUUGUAGGCUGAAAUAUUACAGGAUCUUGUCAGAGAGCAUGCCUAGCAGCCUGACUUCAAAGACUGAUCAGAUCCUGAGAAUCUGCGCCGCUCUGUGUAACAUACGUGGAGAGAACUUGCACGAGGAGCUAGAAUGAGAUCUAGUGAAGGAACAGCUGAUCAUUCAUAAAUCCCUCACUAACUCAUUAUCAUAACCGCUUAUUCCUCAGUAUGGUCACCGGGAGAUGGUGUCUUACCCCAACAGGAGGGGCACAGCCUGAACAGGCCACCAGUCCAUCAGAGGGACACAAACACACAAAGCUAGUCACACCUAGCAUAGAAAUUAGACUAAUUGUUGCAGUAGCAAAAAGUUUUGCUCUGCAGAUCAGUCUAGCCUCACUCCAUUGAUGUCUCAGCAGGUCUACCAUUGGGUCAAGUGGUUUUAGGUUCUGCAGGGUUUUCCCCAUCACUUCAUAAGCCUGGUGGCCCACCAGGCUUUGCUUGGCCACCCGCCAGGUUAAGCGUCAUUCCCCGCCCCCCUCCGUGUCACCGUGUCCGCUGACACGAAUGGCACAACAAAACUAGAGCUCUCCAUCAGCUGAUACUGGUGAGAAACAGCAGUGGAACGUGUGCA